UCCCGAAUGCACUGGCGGCGAUUCUUCCUCAUCCUCGUUUUCAUUGCGGCAAUGGUGGCUCGCCUGUUGGCUGUUGUGAUGUGCUGCGCCCUGGCCCCUGCGGGCCUCCUGGGGGCGCCGGCAGAGGUGACGUGCGGCGAGGACAGUGCGACGGCGGCGGCCAACUUGGCUGUUCGACACAUCAACGAGCAUCACAAGCACGGCUUCAAGUUUAAGCUGCAGGAAGUCCGCAGCAGCAAAUACCAAGCAGUGGAGGGAGGCUGCCACGUUGACAUCAACAUGGAGCUGAAGCAGAGCGACUGUCACAUCACCAACCCCAAACUGGAAGACCAGUGCGACUUCAUGAUGCAGUCGGAACGGGGCGCAGUCGCCAACUGUAGCAGCAAGUUGAACGUGAUGGGAGGUGUGGCCACAGUCACCAAUCACAAUUGUGUCACCAAACCAGAACUCAGCAACGCAGAGAUGGCGAUGAUUUGUCCUGACUGCCCGGUGCUGCUGCCUCUGAAUGAUGAGACGGGUGUCAAGGCGGUGGAGGAGGCGGUGAAGAAGUUUAACCGUGAGAGCAACCACCAGCAUUACUUUGCCCUGAUGGAAAUUUCCAGUCUGACAAGCGGGUACAUCCCGAGCAGCGGUAUGAGGACCUAUCCCAAAAUCGCCCUGGUAGAGACCACCUGCCCCAAAGAUUCUAAGAUUAUGCAUGAGGCCUGCACGCCGCGCUGCCCGGACAGAGCUCACCACGUCUUUUGCGAGACCUCCUACUCGAACAGCAACACAGAAGUGGGGGAACUCCGGUGCGAAUUGUAUCUCCCCAAAAAUAGCGAGCCGCUCGCGGACGGCGAGGAGGAGCCCACGUGCGGGCCCUUGUUCCACCAAAGUUUGGAAGAGUCGGCCUGCAGGGCGCAGCUGAGCACCCGCGAGCCGGCCAUCCACCAGAUUUGUCCUUUCCCGCUUGCCGUACCGUACGCGCAAGCGUAAAGGCCCGAAAAGGCCCACCGCCCAGUCAGUGCGCUCCAACUUCAUUAAAAAACCCAUUAGAACUA